CCUUGCCAAAAGCAAUGGCGAUUACGCCCAAAUUGGCUAUUAUGCUUUGGGUUUAAGCUUUCCUCCUCCUCCUCCUCCUCCUCCUCCUCACCCACCUGCCUGAUCUUCAGACCAAUCCAUAAAUGGGAAACGCCCUUCGGUUUCUGAACAGCCAUUGCUGCGGUGCGGCGGCGGCGGAUGCGGCGGCUGCGGCGGAUUCCGACGCCCACGGCCACCACGGCGUCUCCUCCCUCGCCCAUGAUCUUUACCACUUCGAAAUCACCUCUCAGCUUCCUGAAGGGAUCAGUAAGCAUGUGGUUUCGUCCAAGGCGGCUCAGGCAAAAUGGUAUAAGAAGAUCGCAGAGGCAUGGAGAGAAGCAAAGCCUCCGCCAAGAACACCUGAAGAAGCUUCAAGGCUUGUCAUCCAGACCUUGAAGCGACACAAGAAGGCAGAUGUUGAGGGCCUGUUGGCUUUCUAUGGCCUGCCGCUUCCCGAUUCUCUGGUCGAACUUUCUGCCGGGGCACCUAGCUCAUUGCCAGAAGGACUCAAGUUUGAGUUGCAGACCCUGCCAGUGGAUGCAAAAGCUGUGGCAGAUGGUGAUACCAUCACGGUGUACGUUAGCACCAUGGAUCCAAGAGAGUCUUCAUCUGUUCCUAGUGAAGUACAAAUUGCUGCUGCCGAAAGAGCGAAGGCACGCUCUCAGAGGAACUACGCCAAGGCAGACGCAUUGCACAAGCAAAUCAUCGAUUCAGGAUAUAGGGUCCUAAGCAUUCAGAAUGAGGAGAUUCUUGCUCGCAAGUAUAGAAUACGACUAAGGGGAAUCGAUGCGCCAGAGAGCGCGAUGCCAUAUGGGAAAGAGGCCAAGGAAGAGCUAGUCAAGCUCGUGCAAGGUAAGUGCCUGACAGUUCUUGUUUUUUAUGAAGAUCGCUACGGGCGUUCCGUAGGGGAUGUGUAUUGCAACGGCAUUUUUGUACAGGAAUUACUGCUGAAGAAAGGAUUUGCAUGGCACUACAAAGCCUAUGACCAGCGUCCAGAAUUUGAGAAGAUUGGAUAUGUUGUUCUAUCAUCUACCGUUACAAGUGCAGUGGGAGAAAGAGGCUCGACAUAAGAGGAUUGGGUUGUGGGCUUCAUCGAACCCUGAAAUGCCAUGGGAAUGGAGAAAGGAUCGUCGAUAAGGAAGAUACCAUCGUCCAAAGUGAAAACAACCAUUUAAUCAGGCAGCUCUGCUCAAAAGUGAUAUUACAGAAUAGCAGAAACCAAACAGCAGACCGGGGAUGGUGCUCUCUUAGUGGCAGCAAAAAUUAGGAUUGCCUGUCUCUGUUGUAUCAACUGUAUUCAAACUAGCAAAUGAUAUUGAAGCAUUUUUUUUCUUGGGUGAAGCA